GACCACGACGAGCUCGAACCAUCGAAGCCGAAGCGCGCACGAAGCGACCCCCCCCCCCCCUCCUCUCUCUCUCUCUCUCUUUCUCUCUCUCGCCUCGCGAAACCCAGCGAGCCCUAGCCGAUGGCCUCGCCGGAGCGGGAGGAGGAGGAGGCCGCGCGAUCGCCUCCGCCGAAGCGCCCCCGCCGCGACGGUGACGCCCCGCCGGAACCCCAGCCUGCCCGCGUGGGCCUCAACCCGGCGGACUGCGACCUCGAUUUCGACGUCGGCGGCGGCGGGCUCCGGGGGGAGGCGCUGCAUGAUGGCGGGUUCGCCUACUGCUGGUCGGGCGCGCGCGCCACGGUGGGCGUGAGGGGUGGCGGGAAGUACUGCUUCGGGUGCAAGGUCGUCGCCGAGCAGGCCGUGGAGAUGGAGGACACGGCCGCGGACCAGCAGCACCUCUGCCGCGUCGGGGUCUCGAGGGGCGGCGACCCCGUGGGGGCCCUCGGGGAGACCGGCCACAGCUUCGGGUUUGGGGGCACGGGGAAAUUCUCCCACCAGGGCAAGUUUGUGGAGUAUGGCGUCAAGUUUGGGGUUGGGGAUACGGUUGUCUGCGCCGUGGACCUUGAUUCCAAGCCGUUGGCGUCGAUCGGGUUCUCCAGGAAUGGGGAGUGGCUUGGCAUUGCCAAGCACUUCGAUGCAAGUGACAAAGGGCUGGGUUUGGUUGAAUCUCCUGUGAGCUCAAUGCAAUGGGAGUCGGCAAUCUUUCCACAUGUGUUGCUGAAGAAUGUUGUUGUCGAGAUGCAAUUCAGCAAGGAGGAUGGAUUGCAGCUUGUUGAUGGUUAUGAGCUCUGGCCCUCAGCUUGUGUCGAUGGGAAUGCGGUAUCUGGCCCUGUGUUUGCAGAACAAAAAGAGUGUGAAAUCAUGAUGAUGGUUGGUCUCCCAGCUUCAGGGAAGUCAACAUGGGCAGAGAAGUGUAUCAAGGAGCACAAGGAGAAGCGCUUUAUCCUUCUCGGGACUAAUCUUGCAUUGGUGCAAAUGAAGGUGCCAGGAUUGCUGCGUAAGAAUAACUACGGUGAACGCUUUGAACGUUUGAUGGAUCGUGCCACAAUGAUUUUCAACACAUUGCUGACCAGGGCUGCGAAGAUCCCUCGCAACUACAUCAUCGAUCAGACUAAUGUUUACAAAAAUGCCCGUAGUCGCAAACUAAGGCCAUUUGCAAACUACCGUAAGACUGCUGUGGUUGUGUUCCCAUCGCCAAGUGAACUCAAGGUCCGGGCAGCAAAGCGUUUCAAGGAAAUGGGGAAGGAUGUGCCAGCUGAUGCAGUAAAUGAGAUGACAGCUAAUUUCGUCUUACCACUGUCCAAGGACAUGCCUGAUUCUAAAGAGCCCUUUGACGAGGUAAUCUUUGUAGAGCUUUCCAGGGAUGAAGCCCAGAGAAACCUGGAUGAGAUGAAACGUUUGCUGCCAAAAGCCUCAACUCCCAGCUAUGCCAAUUUCAGUAACCAAAAUGUGAGCUCAACAUAUAGUGGGACUAUUGCUGGGACAAUGCCAUCUCUGUCACCAGGUUAUCACCGACAAAUGGACAGUCCAUAUGGAAGUGGUGUGCAGACACCAAGGGCCUUGACACACCAACAGGCAGCAUGGGGUGUUCAGGGUUUCCAGAGUCCAGCAGGGAUUAACCACCAUCAAGUCCACUUAAGCAGCUACCCAAAUACCCCAUACCAACAUCAACAAAUCCAAUCAAACCAUCCAAGCACCCCAUACCAACAUCAAGCCCAAUCGACAAGCUACCCAAGUACCCCUUAUCAAGAUCAAAUUCACUCGAGCUACCCAAGUAACCCAACCCAACAUCAAAUUCAUCUGAACUACCCCAGUACCCCAAACCAAUACCAAAGCCAUUCAACAUAUCCAAAUACCCCAUUUCCCGGUCAUGGAAAUAGCGUAUAUGAUUCCAAUGGUGGCCCAGGUCCAUACAAUCCUAAUCCUUACAGCAUGAACACCGAUAUGCAACAAAGAAUUCAAGCUCCCAUUGGUGACAGGAACCAGUCCUAUGCAGUUGUGUCAAAUGAAGCCUAUGGGAGAUCUGGCUAUGAAGCGGCAAAUUCUGUUGGAAGGCCUAUCAAUACACAUCCUGCCGUGUACAAUUCUGGCAGUGGCAAUUACAUGCCCUAUAUGCAGCAUUCUCACGAUGUGCACAACUCUGGAUCACAGUACUCAGCUCCAGUCCCCAGGCCUCCUUACGGAGCUCCUCCACCAAACUAUAUGAAUCCACAGACGAGCAUUUGGCAUAUCUAGCAAGGCAGCUAAUUUGUGGCGAUAAGCGAACACUGGACAUGGUACCAAGAAAAGUAGUUUAAGUAGAUAUGCGCGAGUGCGUGACCUAUAGGUUCCAGGGAACCUUUGGCAGUUCGGCUCGCAGAUUUUUGUAUAGUUAUAUGCACGCAUAAACCAUUCUCCGUAUGUAUCCAGUUUACGACUUUUGCAUGAUCAAUUAGUAUUGGUUUGGCCAA